AUGGAUAGGAAUUGGAUUCAUAAAUCAAGGGAUCGUGUAUUUCGUGCGGGAAAUCUAUACAAAGCUGGUGUAAUUGAUUUCCUAGAUUUUGCUUUUUCUAAAGUACCCACAAGGGGAAAGAUUACAUGCUCAUGUGUAUAUUGCAUUAAUCAAUGGUCGGGAACACGGGAUGAAGUAUUUGAAUACUUGAUAGUUGAUGGAAUUAUGUCUGGCUACACAUUGUGGAGUUUCCAUGGGGAAGUUGCAUCUUCGAAUACCACAACAAUUGAAAGCCCUGUGGUUGACGAAGAAGAUGACCAUAUUGUUAACAUGCAUGACAUACUUCAAGAUGCAUUUCCUGGUCAAGAACUUGAAGGAGCUAGUGUUUGUGACACAAGUGGACACACAGAUAGAAUAGGGGAUGAUUCAGAAAAAUACCAUAGAUUGAUGCAAGAAGCAAAGAAAGCAUUGUAUCCAAGAUGCAAGGAAUUCACAAAAUUGUCAUGCACUAUUGCACUAUGCAAUUGGAGUAAUAAAUCUUUCACUAUGUUGUUGACUUUAUUGAAGAAAGCAUUGCCGCAAGAUAAUACAGUACCGAAUUCUUUCUACGGAACAAAGAAGUUGCUUAAGGACUUGGGGCUUAGUUACAACAAGAUCGAUGCAUGCCCCAAUGACUGCAUGCUCUAUUGGAAUGAUGCAUCUAAUGAAAAGUCCUGUGGCAAAUGUGAUGAAUCAAGGUAUAAAUCCAAUAACAAGACUCCAUUGAAAACAUUACGCCACUUUCCUUUGAUACCAAAGCUUCAAAGAUUGUACAAAUCUUCAGUAACAUCAUUAGAUAUGAGAUGGCAUAAAGAGGGACGCACGAAUGAUGGAAAAAUACGUCAUCCUGCAGACUCAAAAGCAUGGAAGGACUUUGACAGACGACAUUGA